UAAUAUAAGGAUCAUUCUUUUGCUCGGGCUAAAAGAUUACUACGGAUCUCUCCUAUUGGGAGCGAUGGCGGCUGUGCGCUGGUGCUCCGUGUUUCUUCUCCUCGCGGCGACUAUCAAUGCGAAGAUUUCAUUCUAUGAGGAUUUUGGUGAUUUAACCAACGAUGAGAGAGAACAAGUCUACGAUGACAUGAUCCACGGCAACGAUAAAAUAAACAACAAUGACGUCCCUAAAAUCGAAAUCAAGAUGCCAAACGUUCAUCCCGUUAAGCACGACUCCUACUUCUGUACAGCGUUGCCGGUCGAAUCUGAUGAGACGUAUAUUGUCGGUUAUGACCCCCACGCUGAGAUGCACACCGCUCAUCACAUGCUUCUCUUCGGAUGUUCGACUCCCGCUAGCAAUGAACCGCACUGGAACUGCGGCGACAUGGGUGUUGGCGUCUGUGGUAAAGGCUCCGGUGAAAAGAUCAUGUAUGCAUGGGGUAAAAACGCUCCAACAUUGGAACUACCAGAAGGAGUCGCGUUUAAAGUAGGCCAAGCUUCCUCUGUCAAGUACCUGGUACUACAAGUUCAUUAUGGCCACGUUGACAAGUUUGUCAAAAAUCCGAAUCUUAAAGAUAGUUCUGGUAUAACCAUCAGAACCACCCACGAAAGGCCUCCUCAUCUUGCUGGCAUCUUGCUAGUGUCUGUUAAUGACGACAACGCUGCCAUUCUUCCUCACAAGCAAGUUGCGCAUCUGGACAUGGCGUGCAAGUACCAAAACCCUGCAGUCAUGCACCCGUUCGCCUUCCGCGUCCACGCCCACACACUUGGCACUGUAAUCACCGGAUACCGAGUACAAAAUGCAGAAAAUGCUAAUGAUGCAAAGUGGGACCUUAUCGGAAAGGGCGACCCUCAGAGACCUCAGGCGUUUUACCCAGUGAAAGAUAAACAUACGGAAAUAAAGGCUGGUGACGUUGUGGCUGGCAGAUGCACGUUCAACUCUAUGAAAAAAGACAAAACCACUUACAUUGGAGCCACGAUGAAAGACGAGAUGUGUAACUUUUACAUGAUGUUCUACUACGAUCCGGAAGAAGAGGGCGAUAGUAAAUACGACCCCGAGUCUUCGUGCAGAUAUCUGCCGGACAGCUACCCAUUGAACUAUCCCAAGGACUCAGACAAGCCUCUGCCUGGAAGCGGUGAGAAGAUGGAGAUGAAAAGGGCGAUGUAAUGUUAGUUUGUAAAAGAGAAUUAUUGCGAAGGAGAGGACAUUGUGCGAGUAGAUGAUCAUAGACAGAAACUUCUGCAGCGGCGAAAAAAUGAACAUGAAAAAAAAUAAUGCAAUAUUAAGGCAAAUUCUGGGGAAUGCGAUAUUCUUUCUUUCGCGGCAACUACAAAUACUGAGUCAAUUAAUGGUGACGAGUUACGAGGUAGUUACAUGCACGUCAGCCAUCAGUGACACAAUGGAAUUUUCAUAACUGCAACAGGAAAAUGUAAUCUUCCAUCAUCAACAAUAACUAGUAACGUAGCAGAAACAGACUUUAUUUUUUGGCAUGUUUGGGAACAUAAGAUACAAAAAAUUCCAGAAACUCUAAGGUCCUCGGUUCCUCUUCACGGUUCCGUAGUGCUUAUGUGUAGUAGCUAUAAGACCGAAGUGCGCGACAUUGAUUCCCUAGUCGUGGUUGAAUCGCGAAAGAACUAUAAACUGAAUAUGAUUAUUAAUAAUGCAAAGUUUUAGUAUUAAUAAUAAAGCUAAGCAAUAAGGUUAAA